AUGUUAAACGAAUUAAUCCAGCUAUUUUGCAGCAAUGGUACUCAUUCGAGUGAAUUAUUUUACAAUGCCACUUUACAGUUGAAUGAAUUCUUGGAUAAGAAAGAGAUAGUACGAUGCUUUCCGAGAGUUUCAGAGAACCUUGGAGAUCAAUUGCCAAAUCUAAGGAAGGCAUCCCACUAGCUUUUCCAGGCGUACAUUCGUUUUAACGAGAGUUUUGAUGGUGUCCUUUCGGCUAUGCUUAGUAGAGGUCUAAUUCACCCGAAUUGGUUGGUGAGAUAGAAGAAUGUGAAUUCAUUGCAAUCGUUGUUUUUAUCAGAAGGAUAGCAUUUGGAGUCUGGGAGUGGAAUGGUUAAGAAUAUGGUGGAGAUGUUGUUAGGGAAGUUGUGCGAUUGUAACUUAGCAGUUUGUAAGGCCACAGAAUAGACUUUGAUAACGUUGAUUAGUUUGAAUUAAUAUAAGUAAUGUCAUGCAUAAUUGCCUAUGGGAAUUCAAUCUCAAGUUGAGCAAUUUGUAGAGUAGAUGAAGGAAACCAAUUAGAUAAGACAAGAGAUCAGAUUGAGAGAGCCAACACCUAAUGGAUUGCCAUUCGACAAAUUGGAAGACUUGAAAGAUACAUAAUGGUAGAUGAGAGCUGAAGCAAUACAAAGAAUAUAUGAGGAACUAUAAGAUGUGAUCUUGACUCCAUUAUAAGUUGAAGUCUUGUUUGAACAUAUUGUAAAUUUAGUUAAUGAUCAUAACUUCAAUAUAGUGUUAACUACUCUAUAGAUUAUGCAAAGAUGUUUGUAGUUUAACAUAGUGAAGAGUAGCAACAUAGUUAAUAUAUACACUAAGCUAGGGGAUUCGAAAUCAGCGAUCAGAACUGCUGUUAGAUAAGUGUUGGUGAUGUAUUUGUAGAAAAUUGGAGACGGAGAAUUACUGAUUCAAAUCUUGUAGUGGCCAAAUAAGAAUUCUUUUUACAAAGAGGAAUGCUUAGAUCUCCUCAUUGAUUUGGUCCAAAGAAAUAAGAUGCUGCUUUCACAACACCUCGAGUUGGCCAUCAAAGAAGUGGCUCCUUUCCUCGAGGACCAAAAAUAGAAACUGCGAUCUAAAGCCAUAGACACCCUUACUCAGUUGGCCACAAUCAAUCAGCAUUUGACUAAGCGAGUGUUCUCAUAACUCGGCAUCACUGAGGAUCUAUUCAACCAAAUCGAUGUUAGCACCGCAUCUUCAAACAAAUCUGAUCUCCCACAAUUGCGAUUCAAAAAAGAACAAAGAGACCCAAUAGAUCAAUAUACACAAUCUCUACCUGAACCUAAGCAUUAGUAAUAAUUUGACAUACCCAUUUUCCAAUCCCAAUAACAAGGUUAUGUGCCUACAAUCAUUUCUCAGCCCCAAAAGUAAUAGAGAAGUGCGCAAAAAACUGAAUCUCAUCCUCAAUCUUCCAGCAUCGAGUUCAGACAGGCUCAAUAACAACAGGAGUAUAAUCAGCCACCAGCCACUUAACAAAGCAAACCGUUCAGAAUAGUUAAAAAUCCAUAAUAAGACAUCCCAGACCAAGACACUGGACUCACUUACACCAAGCCUUUCUAAAGAAAACCAAAGACUGAAGCAGAUAAAACAUUCUAGCCGAUUUAUUUGGAUGAAGUCUUGCCAUUAGAUCAACCAGAAUCUGUCUUAAAGUCCUUGUUGAAUGAAUUAAGAUAUGAUGAUUGGAAUAGAUAGUUUGAAGCCCUCAACAAUCUAAGAAGAUUGGCAAAACAUAAUAGUGAAUUACUCAGAAAAUCAGUCAAUUUCCCAUAAAUCCUAUUAGAAAUGGUCAAAUAAAUUGAAAACCUAAGGAGUGGAGUGUCUAAAAAUGCUUUGAUAUCUCUUUAAGAACUGAGUGAUAUUUACAAGAAAGACUUGGAUUGUGUGCUAGAUUAAGCUCUGUAAAAAUUAAUAAAGAAAGCUAUCGAUCUCAAUACAUUUAUAAGUGAAGAAGUUAGAAAAUCAACCAUCUCUUUAUUAUAAAAUUGCAGCGAAUAAAAAUCUAUCUCUCUGAUUACAUAAGUUUAUUAGAGUAAAUCAAUAGCUAUUAAGGUGAACAUUUGUUAUGCGUUGAAUAAUUUAUUGGAUCCCAAUAAAUAAUCUUUCGAAAAAAUGCUCCAAAUUCUGUGUUUAUAUGCUUGUGAUCAAGGCUAAGAAGUAAGAUAAAUUGCUAAAGAAGGGUUACUUAGUUUAAUAGGUUAAAUUGAAAAAAGGGAAUUAGAAUCAUUGAUCAUCAAAUUGGCACCUGAAGGAGAAUGCAAAAGAAUUAUGACAAUUAUCAAUGGUGAAUCUACAACAACCUCUGAAUUUAGAAGGUUUGGUGCUACUUAAACUAAAGAAGCUAGAACACCAGAAUUAAGAAAUAGAACUCCAAAUAAUAAAAAGUUGUCAGCUGAUUUUGAAUAGAUGCCAAAUUAUAUGAAUUAGGCAGAAUUAGGCAAAGAUUGGAAAUAAAAAAAAGAUGCUAUUGAUUGGCUUUGCAAUUUUGCAAAGAAAGAGGCUUAGGCUUUGAAUGGUCAUAAAUACUCCAAUAAAUUUUUGGAUCUCCUAUGUAAAUUAAUCGAUGAUGGAAAUAAGAACAUAGCCUUGUAUACUUGCGAAUAGUUCAUUUAAUUAGUUGAACCACUUAAACUUCCUAUAUAAAAUAACUAUGUUAACAUAUGGAAUGGGGUCUUUAAAGCUGUCUCGUCCACAAAUAAUUAAGUAAGACAAUCGGCUGAAUCACUAUUUCACGAACUUAUGAUACAUAUUGACAUUCAGUAUUCAUUACCUCAAAUCUAACAUCUCAUAUUGUAUGGUCCAGCCAAAUCUAAAGGCAUUGCCAUAACAAUGUUAGCAAAUUUUGUAUAAUAAUUUUAUGAUGAGCGACCGUAAUUAGUAGUGAAACACCUUGUACCUUUGGCUAAGAAGUUGCAAGAAGAAUAGAAACCAGACAUUAAAAUAGCAUCCUAGAAACUAUUUUAAGCAUUGGUCUCUACAUGUCCAAACGAUGUUGCUCAUUUGAAGUUAUUAAAAUGA